AUGGAUAAGCAACCUUCUGAUUUGACUGGCUGGGACAGGAAGACAAGGAAGUCAAGGACCUUCAUUCUCUUGUCUUAUGGUGACUGCCUGCCUAGUCUAGCACUGGUUGUUGAAAGGGCUGUAGAAGCACACCUUUAUCGCAUACGUCGUAACCUCAAACAACUUGUUCUUCCACCCUGGAAUGUCAUAGCAGUGGGUGGAUUUGAACAAGCUAUCAAGAAUUAA